AUGGCCACGCCAGUAUCUACAGACCAAGGAAACAUCAACGCUAAAGCCCCCGGUUUAACCUCUAUGGUCGACCAGUGGGGGUCGCUGCCUUACCCCAGUGGCGCCUUUGGCACCUUGCUUGCCCUCAGAGGGGUAUUGGCGUCCAAGGAUAAGGCAGCAGUGCUCACGCCCACGCGGGCGCUGUGCUUCACUUUCGGCGCUGCCAACUUGUUGGGCACCUAUAUGAUGUUUGUCGACCCCCACAACGGCGCCGGCUUCAAUUUCGCCUGGAACUCGUUGUACCUCAUUGUCAAUUGGAAGCAGGCGGUGAAGCUGGCUGUCCACGGCAAGUUGGUCCCCGCCGGCUUCAGCGCGUUUGCGCUCUUCAACGCUGGCGUCUACGGUAAACGCUACUUCUGGCUGUUGAUUUGA